CUUUGUUCAGCUAAUAUGAGUUCAAUCGUUCAGGGUUUCACAAAGUCGCUGGCCUUGACCAUACUCUCUGAGAUCGGUGAUAAAACUUUUUUUGCAGCUGCGAUACUGGCUAUGCGACACCCAAGACGCCUUGUCUUAUCAGGUUGCCUAUCUGCUUUGAUUGUGAUGACCAUUCUCUCUGUCCUUGUUGGCUGGGCUGCUCCAAAUCUGAUCUCUCGUCAAUGGACUCAUCAUAUUACCACAAUUUUAUUCUUAGGGUUUGGAUUUUGGUCCUUGAAAGAAGCUAUAUUUGAAGAAGGGGAUGCAGAAGAAUUGGCUGAAGUUGAAGCCGAAUUGGACAAAGAUUGGAAGGCUAAAAAUGGAGCUACAAAAGAUAGUAAUAAGGUUGAUGAUGACUCAAAAAAGCAUAAACGGUCAUUUUUAUCUCAGUUUUUCUCUCCCAUAUUUUUACAGGCAUUUUCUAUAAACUUUUUUGGUGAAUGGGGUGACAAGAGCCAGCUGGCUACUAUAGGUUUGGCUGCAGAUGAGAACCCAUUUGGUGUGGUUCUUGGAGGGAUUCUGGGACAAGCAUUGUGCACUACUGCUGCGGUUGUUGGAGGAAAAAGUUUAGCUUCCCAGAUAUCUGAAAAAGUGGUUGCAAUCUCCGGUGGAAUUCUUUUCAUUGUUUUUGGUAUCCAAUCGUUCCUUUCUCCAGUUGAAUAAUGAAGGCUAUGCUCUUGAGGGGAGGAAAAGCCUUUCCUUCAUUGGAGCAGAAGUUAAAAGUGGGAUUGGUAGGCCAUCAAAUGCCAUGCGCAUUAAGUUUAUACAAUAAUCUCUCCUUGCAACGGGAGAUUCACUUGACUGACGAUCGCUCGUUAUUUUGUUGGUGUCUUUGACAAGGCUCAUCUUUAGUUUAGCAUUAUUUUUCCUUGUUGUGUCAAAAACUUGCACUGUAAUAGUAAGUCUUGCUUGAACCCCGAUAGUUUCAACUAUGAAAAGCUUCAUAUCCAAGUCCCCCCGCCCCCCUUUCAAUUUUUUUUUUUGUUAUGGCACUCCGGCUAAAAAACAAGUAGGGAAAAAGAAAACAGAGAAAAGAAAAUUAUUGUUGUUCACCGU